AUGGUCCCUCGGACUUACCCCUACGGUUGGAGUCACUUCUACCAUGCUGUCAAGUUGGAGAGGGCUGACCAGGUCACCUCAGCAGACAAGCCUAAUAGGCAACAUCCUGCUGUUGUGACCCUCAUUCCAGGGGACCCCAGUGGAGGCAUUCCAAGCCUGAAUCCAGCUAUCCCAGCAUGGGGGACGACACUCGCACCAAGCACAAGAGCAAGUCCAAACGGUGAUGGAGCUUUUUAUGCAGAGCAGGUGAUCCUAGGCGCACUGAUCAUCACCAUUGCCAUUGUUGGGCUGGCAGGAAACGCGGCUGUGCUCUGGCUCCUGGGCUUCCGCGUGCGCAGAAAUGCCUUCACUGUCUACGUCCUCAACCUGGCCGGGGCAGACUUCCUCCUGCUCAGCUGCCUCCUCAUAGAUUUCUUGAUUUUUGCCAUUGAAUUUUUCCAUCUUUCCAACUUCCCCUACUAUAUAACAAAUUUACUAAUAAUCAUGACAUUCUUCCCCUACAUCUUGGGCCUGAGCAUGCUCAGCGCCAUCAGCACCGAGCGCUGCCUGUCUGUCCUGUGGCCCAUCUGGUACCGCUGCCACCGCCCCAGACACCUGUCAGCUAUCAUGUGCACUCUGCUCUGGGCCCUGUGUCUGGUACUGAGCAUUUUGGUAUGGAAAUACUGUUCAUACUGGAGUAACUCUUCUGACUAUUUUAAGUGUAUGAAAAUUCAUUUCACCAUGGCCUCCUGGCUGAUUUUCUUACUUGUGGUUCUCUUGGGGUCCAGCUUGGCUCUGCUGCUCAAGAUCCUCUGUGGCUCCCGCCGGGUGCCGCUGACCAGGCUGUAUGUGACCAUCCUACUCACAGUGCUGGUCUUCCUGCUCUGCGGCCUGCCCUAUGGCUUCUUCAUGUUCCUCUUAAUCAGGAUUGAGAGUUUUAAUGAAAAAUCUGCUGUCUUUACAUACUUUGUUAUGACUCUUCUCUCCAGUGUUAACAGCUGCACCAACCCCAUCAUUUACUUCUUUGUUGGGAAUCUACAGGAUACUAUCAAAAAAACCAACAUUCGAGUUCUAGGAGUUCCUGAAGGCAUGGAGAGAGAGAAAGGAUUGGAAGGCCUUUUUAGUGAGAUACUAGCAGAGAACUUUCCAGGUUUGGAGAAGGACAGAGAUAUCCUAGUACAGGAAGCUCAUAGAACCCCCAAUAAACAUGACCAAAAGAGAUCCUCACCACGACACGUGGUAAUUAAACUUACCACAGUGAAACAUAAAGAAAAGAUCCUAAAAUGUGCAAGAGAGAAACGUCAGAUUACUCUCAGAGGAUCUCCAAUCAGACUCACAGCUGACUUCUCAUCAGAAACCCUACAAGCUAGGAGGGAAUGGCGAGACAUAGCACAGGUGCUAAGAGAGAAAAAUUGCCAGCCCAGAAUAUUAUAUCCUGCCAAGCUCUCAUUUGUGAAUGAAGGUGAAAUAAAGACCUUUCAUAGCAAACAGAAAUUGAAAGACUUUGUGGCCACUCGUCCGGCCCUGCAAAAGAUACUUAAAGAUGUGCUACACUCAGAAACACAGAAACACGGCCAUCAAUAUGAAAGAAGGGAAGGGAAGAACACCUACCAGUAAAAGAG